GUCAAGUUGUUGCGCCGCUUCAGCAAACUGGCGCUGUUUCCAUGUGGUGGAGCGCAUUAGGCGAGCCAAAGACAGAAAGGUCGGGAGGUGUUUUUUAUUGUAUUUAAUUUUAGAUACUUUGAUGCGUUGUUUUAAAAACAAGUAGUUACGAAUCUGACUUGGUUGUUUGCGUGGAGCUAUUAAAUAAUACUCGGACAGUAACAGAUCAUUAUUUCGCUUGAAAAUCCAGGCAAGCGCUUUUGGAGAGAUUCAUUGAGUGUGCUGGACUGGAGUGACACCAAACCACUGGAAUACAUCAAGGAAUUUCGUGAACAAAAUGAGCGACGCUAAGAGGAUGGAAGAUGAGGCAGUGCUGGACAGGGGGGCCUCAUUACUCAAACCCUUGUGUGAUGAGGAAGAGGUUGAAGGUCACCACACCAUAUACAUCGGCGUGCACGUUCCCAAGAGCUACCGGCGACGGAGACGUCAUCGCCGACGUGCCGGUCACAAGGACAGAAAAGAGAAAGUGAGCGAAAACGCAUCGGACAGGUCGGACGUUGAAAACAAUGAGGAGGCCAGCAAUAGUAUCCUCAAACCGCUCAUCUCACCUGCGGCCGAACGCAUCCGAUUCAUCCUGGGAGAGGACGAUGACAGCCCAGCGCCUCCUCAGCUCUUCACCGAGCUGGACGAACUGCUGUCUGUUGAUGGCCAGGAGAUGGAGUGGAAGGAAACUGCCAGGUGGAUCAAGUUCGAAGAGAAGGUGGAAAAAGGUGGAGAGCGAUGGAGUAAACCACAUGUGGCCACUCUGUCUCUACACAGUCUCUUUGAGCUUAGGACGUGUAUUGAGAAGGGCACCAUCAUGUUGGACCUAGAGGCCUCCACUCUGCCAGGGGUAGUUGAAAUGAUCACUGACAGUCAGAUUGAGACAGGUCUCCUGAAAGCUGACCUGAAAGACAAAGUCAUGUACACCUUGCUGAGAAAACAUCGUCACCAGACCAAGAAGUCCAAUCUUCGCUCACUAGCUGACAUUGGCAAGACGGUCUCAAGUGCAAGUAGGCUGUUUUCCACACAGGAUAAUGGUAGUCCAUCCACCACACAUCGGAACUUGACAUCAAGCAGCCUGAACGAUAUUUCAGACAAACCAGAGAAGGAUCAGCUGAAGAACAAGUUCAUGAAGAAGCUUCCCAGAGAUGCUGAAGCUUCUAAUGUUCUCGUUGGAGAGGUGGACUUCCUGGACAGUCCCUUUGUGGCCUUUGUGAGGCUACAACAGGCUGUUAUGUUGGGGGCGUUGACCGAAGUGCCUGUGCCCACCAGAUUUCUAUUUAUUCUUCUUGGGCCUAAAGGCAAAGCCAAGUCGUAUCAUGAAAUCGGUCGAGCAAUCGCUACCCUGAUGUCUGAUGAGGUCUUCCAUGAAAUUGCGUACAAAGCCAAGGACAGACAAGAUCUCCUUGCUGGCAUUGACGAGUUCCUGGAUGAGGUCAUCGUCCUCCCUCCUGGAGAAUGGGACCCUGCCAUUAGAAUAGAGCCUCCAAAAUCCUUACCCUCCUCUGAUAAAAGGAAGAACAUGUAUGCUGGAGGGGACAGCACGCAGAUGAAUGGAGACACGCCUCACGGCGAUGGGCACGGGGGUGGUGGGCACGCAAUAUGCGAUGAGCUGAAAAAGACAGGGAGGUUUUGUGGAGGCCUUAUUCUGGAUAUCAAAAGAAAAGCCCCAUUCUUUGCAAGCGAUUUCUACGACGCACUACACAUCCAGUCUUUGUCGACCAUUCUUUUCAUCUAUCUGGGUACGGUAACCAAUGCCAUUACAUUUGGAGGCUUGCUGGGGGACGCCACAGAAAACAUGCAGGGUGUGCUGGAGAGCUUUCUUGGUACAGCAGUGACUGGGGCUGUGUUCUGUCUCCUGGGGGGACAACCCUUGAUCAUCCUCAGCAGUACGGGUCCAGUGCUGGUGUUUGAAAGACUACUCUUCCAUUUUAGCAGGGAUAACGAGUUUGACUACCUAGAAUUCCGUCUUUGGAUUGGAUUGUGGUCAGCAUUUUUCUGCCUAGUCCUGGUGGCUACGGAUGCCAGCUACCUGGUGCAGUAUUUCACUCGCUUUACAGAAGAGGGUUUCUCAUCUCUCAUCAGCUUCAUCUUCAUCUACGAUGCGUUCAAAAAGAUGCUAAAGUUGUCACAUUAUUACCCAAUCAACUCAGACUUCAAAAUCGACUACGUCACACAAUAUGACUGCAUGUGUAUGGCGCCCACUGAAGUGAAUUCUUCUGAUGUGUACACUGAUCCACUGGAUCCAACAUUGGUCUGGACUGUAAAUUACAGCGAUACACGCUUAAAUGCCAGCUGGUCAUCCCUAACGAAAAAGGAAUGCCUGCAAUAUGGAGGGGAGCUGGUAGGCAAGGCCUGUGACUACGUCCCCGAUGUCACCCUCAUGUCCUUAAUCCUCUUCUUUGGCACCUACACCUGCUCCAUGUGUUUGAAGAAAUUCAAGUUCAGCUCGUACUUUCCUACGACUGUGAGGAAGCUUAUAAGUGACUUUGCCAUAAUCCUGGCCAUUUUGAUCUUUUGUGGAGUGGAUGCUCUUAUUGGAGUGGAUACACCAAAGCUCAUAGUGCCAACUGAAUUUAAGCCAACAAGCCCAAACCGUGGCUGGUUUGUGCCGCCGUUCGGAGCUAACCCCUGGUGGGUGUACCUGGCAGCUGCUCUGCCCGCCCUGCUGGUCACCAUCCUGCUCUUCAUGGAUCAGCAGAUCACCGCUGUCAUCGUCAAUCGCAAGGAGCACAAGCUCAAGAAAGGUGCAGGAUACCAUCUGGACCUGUUCUGGGUAGCCAUUCUGCUGGUAGUGUGCUCCUUUAUGGGUUUGCCUUGGUAUGUAGCUGCUACGGUUAUUUCCAUCGCUCACAUUGACAGCUUAAAGAUGGAGACAGAGACCUCUGCCCCUGGAGAGCAGCCCAAAUUUUUGGGUGUCAGGGAACAGCGAGUCACUGGUGUCUUUGUCUUUAUUCUCACUGGUUUAUCUGUCUUUAUGUCUCCUAUCCUCAAGUUUAUACCCAUGCCGGUGCUGUAUGGAGUUUUCCUCUACAUGGGUGUUGCUUCGCUCAAUGGAGUGCAGUUUAUGGACCGGCUGAAGCUGCUCCUCAUGCCUGCCAAACACCAGCCAGAUCUGAUCUACCUGCGGCACGUGCCACUGAGAAAGGUCCAUCUCUUCACCUUUGUGCAAGUGCUCUGCCUUGCACUUCUAUGGGUCCUUAAAUCCACUGUGGCUGCUAUCAUCUUUCCAGUUAUGAUCUUGGCUUUGGUUGCUGUGAGGAAGGCAUUGGACUAUGUCUUUUCUCAGCAAGACCUCAGCUUUCUGGAUGAUGUCAUACCGGAGAAGGACAAGAAAAAGAAAGAGGAUGAGAAAAAAAAGAAAAAGAAGAAACAAGGGAGCGUAGACAGUGAUAUGGAAGACUCUGACUAUCCUUUCAAUGAGAACGUCCCCAGCAUUAAAAUCCCAAUGGACAUGAUGGAGCAAGAGCCUUUUUUGGGUGAAAAGGCCUCUGACAGAGAAAAGUCCCCUUCAUUCCUUGACCGAUAUUCAUCAUGCUGAAAAGCGUCGCUACUUUGAGACCAGCCCGAUGUCAAGUUCAGAGAGACUGCCGUUAAAUGUGCCUCAGAUUAGAAUAGACAUGGAUCCAGAUGACAACAAUGGCUUCUACUGGGGGAGUCGUGGGUCCGAGACCUCCAUCUAGCUUUUCCUCCAGACUGCGACAGAUUUUUUUAAGCUCUUUUAUCCCGCUGUGUUCUUUCAAUGUGCAGAACGCCAGUUUGCCAAGGGAUUUUUUAAAGACUGUUUCCCAUGAAAGAUACUUUAUGUGAGGUGUUAAGAAUGGCUUGAGAAAUGCUUGUCUUCCACUCACUUACUGUAAUUACUAUGGUUUGCAAUUUGUAAUCCCUAAAUUACUAUGCAAUUCACUUCAUCGUUUCACAUAUGUGCUGAGCUUUAGAACAACGCUGUAGCUGUUUUUCCACAGCAUGGAAAGAAUUACUCCUUUUAUUAUCCGUCCAAUUCAACACAGUACUCGUCUUUCUACCGAAUUCACUCAGUGUCACUAUUUUUUAAUUUUGGUAUACCUCCCUUUUACAUAGUAGGCAUUUUGUAAAAUGGAGUACCGUCAUUUUUAUUUGCACAGCAUAAUUGUUUUAAGUUUACAUCUUGAACAAAUUAUUCAAGAAAUUCUGUUAUGAUGAAAUAGAGAACAUUUAUGAAAUAGUGUAUUGUGAUAUUGAUUAACCUGUUAAUGAUGGUUAAUGUUAUUGAUCCUGCUGUUUUACAGAUUUGUCAUUUAUAUUUUGCUAAUAUAUUUCAUUUGUUUCCUUUAACAAAAUGACAUUUAUGCCCUAAUUCCAAAAAUGUUUUAAUAGGAUUAAUAAUGAUAAAGCCUAGUAAGUAAUUUCAGAUGUUACUGGGCAUUUGAGUGAAACCAUGCAAACCUGCUGUAAGUCUACAUGUGUAAACCCAGGAACUGCUUGUCCUGCAAAUGAUUUACUCAAGUGGCUUAAACCUGCAAUUACUGUAAUAAUACAUGAAGUUAUUUUAGAUCCUUGAUAUUGUGUUAUAAAAUUCAUACACUUUUUAUUAUUUGUGCAUUAUUUAAGUGAUUUUGAGUCAAUGAAUGAAUGUUAUAUUAUAAGCUGUGUCAUUUGUAAAAGUGAGAAAGUGAGUGUCACAAAAUCAACAAUUUGAUAAAGUCACAUUGAAUGAAGAUGGCUAUAUACUGGGAAAGAGAAUGUGCUUUCCAGAUGUAGCGCGCAUGUCCCAAACAUGUUAACCCUGAGCCUUGAUCUUUUAUAUUUCAUGUAUUAUUUUAUGUCUCAAGUAUUAUAUGUUGAUUUAAACAAAUUUUGAAACAACCUCCAAUCAUUUGAUAUCUUUUCCACUUUCAAAAACAAACCGAAAUAUAUAGAUCUUUGUAGCCUUUUGAAAAUCACCUUCCUUUAACCUUUUAAGUAUAACAAUACAUUUUUAACUUAUAUUUUUGGGGGUACCUAUCUGAAAUAGAUUAAAUAUAUUGUGAAAGCACGUCUGGGAAUAUUCUUGAACAUUUAAACAAUGCUAAAUAUUAAUUGUAGAGUGUGUAACACUGAUACAUUUUUAAUCAAGUUUUGUGACUUUUAGAACGAAGCAGCUGAAAUUAUUUUAGAGUUUAUAUUUUUCAAAGGAAAUGAAUAUUAAAAAUGAACAGAAUUUAUUAAAUGGUC